UUCGCCUCUGUCAUACAACCAGGAAGAAGGUGGAAUAGCCCCGCAAAGCUAACAUCCCCAGUCUUUCUGCACACUUUCUCCGCCGAUAAUAAUGGGAUCCUGCAGGUGGAAGGUGUUAGCGGCGGCGUUCCUCGCUAUAGUGGGCUCUUUAUUACCUGUUGACGCAGAUGAACACGAACACACGUACACAGAUAAGGAGGAGGUUGUCCUAUGGAUGAACACAGUGGGGCCUUACCACAAUCGACAGGAGACGUACAAGUAUUUCUCUUUGCCAUUCUGCGUGGGCUCCAAGAAAACCAUCAGUCAUUACCAUGAAACACUUGGAGAGGCUCUGCAGGGAGUGGAGCUGGAAUUCAGCGGCCUAGACAUCAAAUUCAAAGAGGAAGUGAUGCAGACAACAUACUGUGAAAUUGACCUGGAUAAAGCCAAGCGGGAUGCCUUUGUCUAUGCUAUAAAGAACCACUACUGGUACCAAAUGUACAUAGAUGACCUGCCCAUCUGGGGUAUUGUUGGUGAGGCAGAUGAAAAUGGAGAAGAUCAUUACCUGUGGACGUACAAGAAACUGGAGAUUGGUUUCAAUGGCAACAGAAUUGUUGAUGUAAAUCUGACCAGUGAGGGGAAAGUCAAACUCGUGCCCAACACCCGAAUUCAAAUGUCCUAUUCUGUGAAGUGGAAGAAGUCUGAUGUGAAAUUUGAAGACAGAUUUGACAAGUACCUAGACCCAUCCUUCUUCCAGCAUCGGAUUCAUUGGUUCUCCAUCUUCAACUCCUUCAUGAUGGUCAUUUUCCUGGUGGGUCUGGUGUCCAUGAUUCUAAUGAGAACACUCAGAAAGGACUAUGCCAGAUACAGCAAAGAGGAGGAAAUGGAUGACAUGGACAGAGACCUGGGAGAUGAAUAUGGGUGGAAGCAAGUACAUGGCGAUGUGUUUCGGCCAUCAAGCCACCCACUGAUCUUUUCUUCACUUAUUGGCUCUGGCUGCCAGAUCUUCUCUGUCUCCCUCAUCGUCAUCAUUGUCGCUAUGGUUGAGGAUCUGUACACAGAGAGAGGAUCCAUGCUGAGCACAGCCAUAUUUGUUUAUGCUGGCACCUCCCCUGUCAAUGGCUAUUUUGGUGGAAGCUUGUAUGCAAAACAAGGAGGCAGAAGAUGGAUUAAACAAAUGUUCAUCGGAGCCUUCCUGAUCCCAGCCAUGGUGUGCGGGACUGCCUUCUUCAUCAACUUCAUUGCCAUCUACUACCACGCCUCCAGAGCCAUCCCAUUUGGCACCAUGGUUGCUGUUUGCUGUAUCUGCUUCUUCGUCAUCCUGCCGUUAAACCUUGUGGGAACAAUUUUGGGAAGGAAUCUGUCAGGCCAGCCAAACUUCCCCUGCCGAGUUAAUGCUGUGCCGAGACCCAUCCCAGAGAAGAAAUGGUUCAUGGAGCCUGCUGUCAUUGUCUGCCUGGGAGGAAUCCUUCCAUUCGGCUCCAUAUUCAUUGAAAUGUAUUUCAUCUUCACAUCUUUUUGGGCCUACAAAAUCUACUAUGUGUACGGCUUCAUGAUGCUGGUCUUGGUCAUUCUGUGCAUCGUGACAGUGUGUGUCACCAUUGUGUGUACGUACUUCCUGCUCAACGCUGAGGAUUACAGAUGGCAAUGGACAAGCUUCCUCUCUGCAGCAUCCACUGCUGUCUAUGUUUACAUGUACUCCUUUUACUACUAUUUCUUCAAAACAAAGAUGUACGGCCUGUUCCAGACGUCCUUCUACUUUGGUUACAUGGCCGUGUUCAGCACUGCUCUAGGAAUCAUGUGUGGUGCUGUUGGAUACAUGGGAACAAGUGCCUUUGUGAGGAAGAUCUACACAAAUGUGAAAAUUGACUAAGACGCAGAGAGCAGAAACACAGGGAUAAAUAAUGGAUUUGCCAAUGACGGCGGGCACAAGUCAUACUUUAUUACUUUUCUUUCUUGCAAAGAGAUUGUGAGAAUCUCACUUUGUACAAUGUAGUUUUUCCAUUUUUCUGAAUGAAAUUUCAACGUCGCAACUCAAAAGAGAACAAGAGUUUAAUCCGUGGCGGAGAUAUCAAACACAAGGUUCUGUUUUUAUCUAUUGCUUUCAAACAAAUGUUGGGGCAAGUGUUAAAGGCUGACAUGGCUUCUCCUUAAAAACCCAAUCUCACCGGAAACCAGAGAAAAUAAAUGUUCAUUGAUGGAAUUGUGUAGCUCUCUUCAGUGAAGAGGCCUAAGUGUAUGGAAAAGCCUUUGUUCCAUUGCGUCAGAAUAAUGAGAGAGUUGGGUUUGUGCCCUUAGGUUUGUUCUGACUUGAUUUGUUUUGUAUUUGCAACCGCACUCAAAAUACUGCAUCACUGUUGGGUAUUUUGGUUCAGAUCCACCUUCACUGCAAAAGUAAUCACGUGAGAAUCAUCCCCCCCCUUUGACAAUUCUUAAUCCCCUGUUACAGUAGCAGUCCAUCCAGUUUUAUUUUAGUCCUGCUGUAGUUUACUGUACAGACAAGAACAGAGGGACUGAUCAAUGGUUGAGGUACAGUAAUUAAGACCCCAAUUUUGUUUUUGUUCUUUUUUUAAUGGAUGUUUGAUGUGAUCCCAUUUCCCUGUUUAGUCUUCUGUUUCUUAAUGUUUGGGUUUGAAUGAAGUCUACUUGUAAAGAUAAUAUAUGGAUUGGGGGGAGUGUAUAUAACCUUAAUGUACCUUUAGAUGUAGAUCCCAAAUGUAUUUUCGUUGUACAGAUUUACUACAGGGUUUUUUUUAAUGAAUCAUUUUUGGGUUGUUUUUUCCGUUGGGUGCUUGGAGUGGGGCUGGUGGCGCUGUUACAUCUUGCCUGAAAUUGCAUGAACUUUUCACCAAAAAAACAUCUUGAUCAAACGUCCACCGCAGUCAGUUUUGUUUUGCGUCCUUGUCUCAAGAUGUCAUGGAGCAUUUUGACAACCCCGUACACUUACUUGUGGACACUCUUCAUACUUUGAUUUCCUGUUUUUAUUUAAAGCUUGAGAAAGGCUCAACAUCUUAGGUAAGCCACUUUCCCCCUCAUGUUCAUUCUGUUGCCUAACCUAAAACAUCGUUUGUGAAUGUCCAAAGGGAAUGAGGCGUUGGCUUUGUUUCCGCAAACUGUACAAAGUGAAGAUUAUGUACAAUUAAAACUAGAUGUUUUCAUGACCACACACAGUGCUGCGGAGUGUUUCCAAUGCUUUUCCAUUUUGUGUAAAUACAGUACGUACCCUACUUGUAUGAGAAGUGGCAAUGCCUUUUCUUUUUCUAACUUCCAGUUUUCCCCCACUGAAGUUGAUUUUGGCACCUCAUGUUGUGUACCAAUGUCUGAUUAGACAUUUUGAACCUGCAUAUUAACUUGCUGUAAAAAGAGAAAAUAAACAUGUUUAUGUACAGGGGUUA